UACUAUAUAGUCAUAUUGCCUCACUGAAAAUCGGCGAUUGCAUGCGGAAGAUUGCACUUGUUAAAGGGCGGCGUGACCGUGAGCAGCCAGAUGGCUCUUUUCUAACCCGCACUCACCGGCACAGAAGCUCGCGGACGCCCCCCCUCCCCGCAUAUUAACGGAAGUGAACAUGGCGGCGCCCUUGGUCCGGCUCUGCGGGAAGCUGCAGGUCGGCAGGUACCUGCCCCGGCCGUGGACAGCCAGUUCAUGGAGGUUGCAGCACGGCGGCGCGUCGGCGACGGCGGAAAGCGAGCGGGCCGCCGCUGCUGGAAUUCCUCACCCUCCGCUACAGUUCUUCUCAGAGGAAGAGAUCAUGAUGAAGGAGGCGGUGAAAAAGUUUGCACAGGAACGCAUUGCCCCACUUGUGUCAAAGAUGGAUGAGAACUCAGCCAUGGAUGAGACCAUGAUAAAGGAGCUAUUUGAACAAGGGUUAAUGGGCAUCGAGAUUGACCCUCAGUACGGAGGUACUGGCUCCUCAUUCUUCUCCUCCAUCCUGGUCAUUGAGGAGCUGGCGAAGGUGGACCCGUCCGUGGCGGUGCUGUGCGAUAUCCAGAACACGCUUAUCAACACGCUGCUGGUCAAACUCGGCACGGAGGCCCAGAAGCAGCGCUACCUGACCCGACUUUCCACAGACAUGGUGGGGAGCUUCUGCCUGUCGGAGGCGGAGGCCGGCAGCGAUGCGUUCUCCCUGAAGACCCGCGCAGAAAAGCAGAAGGACUACUAUGUCAUCAACGGCUCCAAGAUGUGGAUCAGCAACGCGGAGCACGCGGGAGUGUUCCUGGUGAUGGCCAAUGCAGAACCCUCAGCCGGUUAUCGGGGUAUUACCUGCUUUAUAGUGGACAGGGACACAGAGGGGCUGCACAUCGGGAAGAAGGAGAACAAGCUGGGCCUGCGUGCCUCCUCCACCUGCCCGCUCACCUUCGACGACGUCAAGGUCCCAGAGAACUGCGUCCUGGGGAAGGUGGGCCAGGGCUACAAGUACGCCAUCGGGAUGCUGAACGAGGGCCGCAUCGGCAUCGCUGCCCAGAUGCUGGGCCUGGCUCAAGGCUGCUUCGACCACGCCGUCCCCUACACCCGCCAGCGCGUUCAGUUUGGCAAGAGAAUCUUUGACUUCCAGGGAAUGCAGCACCAGAUCGCGCAUGUGGCCACGCAGCUGGAGGCUGCGCGGCUGCUGACCUACAACGCGGCGCGGCUGAAGGAGGCCGGGAGGAACUUCAUCAAGGAAGCCUGCAUGGCCAAGUACUUCGCCGCAGAGGUUGCGACUCUGACGACGUCAAAGUGCAUUGAGUGGAUGGGUGGGGUGGGGUUCACCAAAGACUACCCCAUCGAGAAGUUCUAUAGGGACUGCAAGAUCGGCACUAUUUAUGAAGGCACAACCAACAUACAGUUGACAACAAUGGCCAAGUUCAUCGAUCAGGAGUACAACGAUUAAACUGCUGUCAUACACUGUCCUGGUUUACAGAGACUGUCCCGUUUGUCAGUCUGGUUCUAGAUAUGACAUAAGCAUUUUGAACUCACAAUAGAGAGUAACGCUGUUCCUUGUAACAUUUCUGUGCUGCAGGUUUCAUUAUGAAUAUUGUUUGGAAGACCCUUCUUAACGUGGGACAUGCUAUAAUGUAGCAUUGAACUUGCCUGUUUUCCCAGUUCACCAGUGUGUCUAGAUCAUGCCGUACAUUACAUUUUACAGGGUCUUGAGGGCAUCACACACCCUGUACAGUUAUUCAGUGGGUACGUUGUCCACAGCAGUCUGCAUUUUGCUUGUUGGUGCAAUCAGACAUUUCCCUUCAAUUCCUUUUCCAGUUUCCAUAUCCAAUAAGUGCAGUGUUAACCACAUUAAGUGCAGGCUAAUGUAAGUGCUUAAUUUCAGCAGUUCAUCCUCCUUUCCCUUUAUGAUUAAGUAACUGCACUUACCUUCCAAAGGUACAAAGGUAUAGCUGAGACCGUGUUACAGUCCCAAUAGCAGAAGCAGUAGCUUCCAUUGGAUGUUUCUGCAGCCAUCCGGAGCCCAAACCAUGUUCCUGUGAUCUGUGCUGUUAGGGGUAGGGGCUUUGUAUCAGCUGGUGACCAGGCAACAGCGGAUUCAGGUUAUCGUACAUUUUGGCAGAACAGGUGCCCUAAUAUGCUAAGGUAAGAUAUUGGACGGUAUAAAUGUGUAAAAUGGUAGGUUGCGCUAAUCAACUUUACAAAUUUUAAGAGCAGAUGUUAUAUUUGAGAUAAUGUGGUGCCUCAGGGGCAGAUGGACAUGAAAUGAACAACGUGGCAUUCCUGAGGUUUCUUUCAGUAAUCUUCUCCUUGAGAUUUCAUCUCCGACCUUCUGGUGAGUUCUUUCAUAUUUCUUCCCCUCUGGAGUUACUCUAUUCACUGGGAGCACAAAUGUACUGAUUUAUCCAAAGCAAAUUACAGUAGAGAGAAUGGUUAUAAUUAAUGGGUACUCUAUUGGAUUUGAACCCACAACUUCUGCACAAUGCCCUAUUACAGAAUGAGCUACAGAAGGUGUGAGCCUUACCAUUGAGAUCUUUACCUUCUAGCUGCCAUUCUCGUUGUUUCUGAAGAACACGUGCCUUGCACAAGACCGUCUGUGUGAAGCGGUAUGUCACAUGUAUUUAGGGUCCUGUCCCACCUUAGUAAAUUUAAACAAGGUAACAGUUCAUUUGCACAGAGCUGAGGUCAUUUUUGCUGUUUACUGGUGUAAUAACAGCAAAUUUCUUAAUGAUGUUUCUGGUUGAGUUACUAAAAUCAUUUUGGCAAUUUUUUUUUUAAAAAGUGUGUCCAUUUUAAUAUAAUUCAAUUUUAAUAUAAUAUAUUCCGAAACGGAAUAGGGCAUUAAACCUACACCCUGUCUCCACUGAAAGACUUGGGGAGAUAUAUUGUUUAAAAUAUCAUUAAUAGAUGGGGCAGUGGUUGCCUAUUGUUUAGGGAAGCGCACUUGUAAUCAAAAGAUUGCGGAUUCAAGUCCCCAACCAGCAAAGUACCCUGAGUGAGCCCCCCCAACACUGAAUUAGCUGCCCCCUGUUAUGUCAUAAUGUCACAUAUGGGUUAAACACAGGACACUUUUUGUUGCCAACAAUAUCAACUUUAAUAAAUAAUAAAUCAUAGUAA